AUGGCAGAAGGCGACUUAUAUAAUCAAGUCAGGUGUCCCAUCCUGAGGAGUGACCUCAGUGAAAAUCUCCUUUUCCAGGAACAAUUACUGACUAGAAGCAGACAAAAAAGUGAGAGAGAUACUGUAACACUUUUGGACCUACUGAAGGGAUGUCUUAUGUGUUGUUAUUUGAUAUGUCCACCUACUCCUGGCUGUAUUACUCGUAAGAUAGCAUUUCAUCCACCUGAGAAAGGGCGCACUUAUACGGUCUGUCUAGAAGACGGCACAAAAGUGAAUAGCGCUUCGAAACUAGUUGGCAAGAAAUUCUUCAUCAAACCUGCACGUCUGACAAAAUGCUCCAUUGAAGACUACAAUGAAAUAACAAGGCGUGUCAAAUGCUUUACCUUGCGAACAGCAAACGGGAAUGACAUCAUAGUGAUUAGAUGCUCUCCUGAACAUGCGGAAAAAGUAGAGCGAUUUAGCAGAAUGGUCAUCAUAUUCUCUCAACCAAACGCAUCCGAUCUCGGAGAGUAUCUGCAGCCAUUUCAUCUGAACAUUCCUCUCAUGGCUGAACUAUUCGAAACUGAUGUCUAUGCUUUCGAUUACUCGGGAUUUGGCUACUCCACCGGAACUGUCUCAGAAAGAAACAUCUACGCUGACCUUCGCGCUGUCUUUGACUAUAUUCGUAAGACCCGUCCCGAGAAGAAGAUAGUUCUGCUAGGCUAUAGCAUCGGUACAGCAGCAGUAGCAGAUCUAGCGGCCAAUAAUCCCGAUGGUCUAAUUGGCGUAGUAAUGGUUGCCCCUUUCACUAGCGGACUCCGACUAUUUGGACGAAAGCCAGCCGAACCGACCACUAGCAAACUUGAUAGAUUCACAACGUACGAUAAAAUGCCCAAAGUCAACGUCCCGGUUCUUGUUUGCCAUGGAGCUGCUGAUGAAGCCAUACCCGUGGAGCAUGGUUUAGUGAUAACCAAGAGGGCACCUCGUGCCGUUACACCCCUGUUCAUCCAAGGAGCAGAUCACAUGUCCGUAUUCAAUGGAAAAUAUCUGCAGACAUUCAGAAGAAUUAGAAAAUUUAUGGAUGAAGAAGUUGAUAAUACUCAAGAAUCUCGUAACAGCUCAAAUGAAUGAAGAGUUUUUGAAAUACUGAAAAUUUGACCAUGAUACUCGUAAACAUAAAGAAUAAAUAUUAAUU